AUGGUUUCUAGCCUGCUUCCAAACCCCACCUCGGCUGAGUGUUGGGCAGCCCUUCUACAUGAUCCUAUGACUCUUGAUAUGGACGCAGUCCUGUCAGACUUUGUUCGGUCCACGGGGGCAGAACCUGGUCUGGCCAGAGACCUGCUGGAAGGCAAAAACUGGGACCUGACUGCCGCUCUGAGUGACUAUGAGCAGCUCCGACAAGUGCACACAGCCAACCUGCCGCAUGUGUUCAACGAGGGCAGGUGCCCCAAGCAGCCAGAGCGAGAGCCAACCCAAACCGGCCACAAGGUGGAGCGGCCCUGCCUGCAGAGACAGGACGACAUUGCCCAAGAAAAGCGACUCUCCCGGGGGAUUUCCCACGCCAGCUCAGCAAUCGUCUCCCUGGCCCGGUCCCACGUGGCAAGUGAGUGCAACAAUGAGCAGUUCCCCCUGGAGAUGCCCAUCUACACAUUCCAGCUGCCAGAUCUGAGCGUGUACAGCGAAGACUUCAGGAGCUUCAUCGAACGGGACUUGAUUGAGCAGGCGACCAUGGUGGCUUUGGAGCAGGCAGGUCGCCUGAACUGGUGGUCCACUGUGUGCACGAGCUGUAAACGGCUUCUUCCUUUGGCCACUACAGGGGACGGGAACUGCCUUUUACACGCAGCCUCUCUGGGAAUGUGGGGGUUUCACGACCGGGACCUGGUGUUGCGGAAAGCUCUUUACACAAUGAUGAGGACAGGAGCGGAAAGAGAAGCCCUAAAGCGGAGGUGGAGGUGGCAGCAGACGCAGCAGAACAAGGAGGAGGAAUGGGAGCGGGAGUGGACGGAGCUGCUGAAAUUGGCGUCCAGCGAGCCACGCACGCACUUCAGCAAGAACGGUGGCACAGGCGGGGGUGUGGACAACUCUGAGGACCCCGUGUACGAGAGUCUAGAGGAGUUCCAUGUGUUCGUCCUCGCCCAUAUAUUAAGAAGACCAAUAGUUGUCGUAGCAGAUACAAUGCUGAGGGACUCAGGUGGAGAAGCAUUUGCUCCAAUCCCAUUCGGAGGGAUUUACCUGCCCUUGGAGGUGCCUCCCAACAGAUGCCACUGCUCUCCUCUGGUUCUUGCCUACGAUCAAGCGCAUUUCUCUGCCCUUGUGUCCAUGGAGCAGAGAGAUCAACAAAGAGAACAAGCCGUGAUCCCCCUGACGGAUUCGGAGCACAAGCUGCUGCCUCUGCACUUUGCAGUGGACCCCGGGAAGGACUGGGAGUGGGGGAAAGACGACAACGAUAACGCCCGGCUGGCCCACCUGAUCCUGUCGCUCGAAGCCAAGCUGAACCUUCUGCACAGCUACAUGAAUGUGACGUGGAUCCGGAUCCCCUCCGAGACCCGGGCACCUCUGGCACAACCGGAAUCCCCGACAGCCUCAGUGGGGGAGGACGUGCAGUCCCUGGCCGACUCCCUGGACUCGGACCGGGACUCGGUGUGCAGCAAUUCCAACAGCAAUAAUGGCAAGAACGGCAAGGACAAGGAAAAGGAGAAGCAGCGCAAGGAGAAGGACAAGACCCGCGCGGACUCUGUGGCCAACAAGCUGGGCAGCUUCAGCAAGACGCUGGGCAUCAAGCUAAAGAAAAACAUGGGCGGCCUGGGCGGCCUGGUGCACGGCAAGAUGGGCCGUGCUAACUCCGCCAACGGCAAGAAUGGCGACGCACCCGAGCGCGGCAAGGAGAAGAAGACCAAGUCGCGCAAGGGCAGCAAGGAGGAGUCGGGCGCGUCAGCGAGCACGUCGCCGUCGGAGAAGACCACGCCGUCGCCCACGGACAAGGCGGCCGGGGCGUCGCCGGCCGAAAAGGGCGGCGGGCCGCGGGGCGACGCCUGGAAGUACAGCACGGACGUGAAGCUGAGCCUCAACAUCCUGCGCGCCGCCAUGCAGGGCGAGCGCAAAUUCAUCUUCGCCGGCCUGCUGCUCACCAGCCACCGGCACCAGUUCCACGAGGAGAUGAUAGGCUACUACCUGACCAGCGCGCAGGAGCGCUUCAGCGCCGAGCAGGAGCAGCGGCGCCGCGACGCCGCCGCGGCCGCCGCCGCCUCUACGGCCAAGCGGCCGCCGCGCAGGCCAGAGACCGAGGGCGCGCCGGGCGCCGAGCGCGCCUCGCCGGGCCCGCCGGCCGGGCCGCCCACGCAGCUGGUGCUCAAGCUCAAGGAGCGCCCGAGCCCCGGGCCGGCGGCGGGCGGAAUUUCAGGCUGGACCCUAGGAAGUGAUCCCAGCGGAUCGCUCCCCGGCCGCAGCCCGCCGGCGCCAGCGCGCCAGAGCGUCAUCCACGUGCAGGCCGCAGGCGCGCGGGACGACGCGUGCGCGCCGGCCGUGGGCGCGCUGCGGCCGUGCGCCACGUACCCGCAGCAGAACCGCUCGCUGUCGUCGCAGAGCUACAGCCCGGCGCGCGCCGCCACCCUGCGCACCGUCAACACGGUCGAGUCGCUGGCGCGCGCCAUCCCCGCCGCCCUGCCCGGCGCGGCGGGGGCCGCGGGCCCCGCCGAGCACAAGUCGCAGACCUACACCAACGGCUUCGGCGCCGCGCGCGACGGCCUGGAGUUCGCCGACGCCGACGCGCCGGCCGCCCGCUCGAACGGUGAGUGCGGCCGUGGCGGCCCCGGGCUGGCGCAGCGGCGCUGCCAGCGCGAGAACUGCGCGUUCUACGGGCGCGCCGAGACCGAGCACUACUGCUCGUACUGCUACCGCGAGGAGCUGCGGCGGCGGCGCGAGGCGCGCGGGGCCCGGCCCUGA